AUGGAUUCGAGAUUCAUGCUCGUCUGCCGGUCGCACGAAGGCUGCCUUCCUCAAGGUCAGCCCACGGAUGCGCCGAAGCUAAAGUACGAUGGGAAGACCAAGGGAUUCCUACUGAAUUCUGAUGAGUGUACUUGGCGACAUCGAACCACCGAUGGCAGAUGCACCGAGGAAAGCAGAGGUUGGAUGGGCAAGGUGGAGGAGUAUCUCUGCAACAUGCACCAGGCCAGGUUGCGGGCCCGUCAAGACAUGGAGGCACCGAAUAUCAGGCAACUGAAGGGCCCUGUCAAUCGCAAGAGGAAGUCGGCAGCGAUGGUUGAAGAGGAGGAGGACGACGACGACCAAGAGUGA